ACAGGAGUUCACCUUAAAUGUGAUGAUGAUGAAGGACUGUGAUGAUGAAGGACUGUGAUGAUGAGGGAUUGUGGGAGCGGCUCCACGUGAUGAAAACGGAGGGUUGUCGGUAAAAGGAAUCGAUCAGAGCAGAGACGGAGAGAGACGAGCUUUUCUUCCAGCCUCCGGAGAAGAAGAAGCCUGCUGGUAACCAUGGAGCUUCAAACCCAAGGAGAUCAGGAAGACAAAUGAAGACCUCCACCUGACUUCUUCUUUUCCUUCCCCACACGUCCAGAAACACAGGAGGAGGAUAGCAGCUGUAAUAAUUCCCCAAUGCAACACUUUCAGGAACUGACAGGUUGAGGAAAUAGACGACGGAGCCCAGAGCAAACCAAAAGAAGUGAACCCACCUGGAGGAGUAUGGGAGGUGAGAGUCGUCUCCUGGAUGUCAGACCCCCAGGAUCAGAUGAGUAGAUUCGGCAGCAGCUCCAGCUUGCUCCAGGGUCGGAGGUUCUACUGCCGGGAAUGGGCCCUGGAGAAGCUGCGGCGCUGCCUGGACGCUCGGUCCCUGCCGGGCCAGGCGCCGGGGCUGCUGGUGACCGGGGGUCCUGGAGCCGGGAAGACCGCCCUGUGCACCGAGGUGGUGUGGCCCACCUCCAAGGUAGGCCGGGCGGUCGGGUUGGCGCAGCGCUGCCUGGCCUCCCACUUCUGCCAGAGGGAGGACCAGAGGAGCCUGGUGCUGUGGAGGUUCGUCCUGGGGCUGGUGGAGCAGCUGAGGGCCUCACCGGUGCUCUCUCCUGGGUAUCAAGACAUCCUCAACUCCCCCUCUGUGGCCUCGGCUCUGGAGCCCCUGAGCUGUCAACGAGACCCUGAUAACACCUUCAAGAGAGCAGUGCUGGGACCCCUGCUGGACCUUCCUCCCCCGGCCCAGACUCUGAUGCUGGUCGUGGACUCUCUGGAUGUAGAACAUGGACCAGGUGACAGAGAAGGGAAGAGCGGCUCCAUUGCAGAGCUGCUGGCAGCUAAUCAGCACCUGCUGCCCGGCUGGCUGCUGCUGGUCUGCUCCAUCCGCCGCCAUAAUAAGGCUGUUUCCAAAAUGUUCUCAGGUUUUCGUAGACUCUGUCUGGACGAUCUGCGGAAGCCAGCAGCGGUCCGUGACGUGCAGCAGUACAUCCUCUGUCGGCUGGAUGAAGAAGCUUCACUUCGCCGUCAGCUCACCCCCGACACGGCCGACAUGCUCAACCUGCUGCACAUCAAGAGCGGCGGCUGCUUUCUCUUCCUCGAACGUGUUCUGGACGGUGUUGCGGCGGCGCUGGUGGGUCUGCGGGAGAUCCGGGACAUCCCCGGGACUCUGAACGGCCUCUACCUGUGGCUGUGCCAGAGAUUGUUCCCCCGAGGGCUCUUUGUCUACGUCAGGCCUCUGCUCAACGUCCUGCUGGCUGCCCCUCGACCCGUCACACCAGAGCAGCUUUUCACUGCAGUCUGGACCCAGGACACCUCGCUCAGCCUCCAGGACUUCCAGAACAAACUCCGAACCCUCUCCGCUCUCCUGAUCGAUGGCCCCGGAGGCACCAAACUCCUGUUUCAUGCCAGCUUCACAGAGUGGCUGACUGAUGUUAAAUACUGCACUCAGAAGUACCUGUGCAGCAGAACAGAGGGUCACAGCAUGCUCGCCAUGGCGCUGACCCUGCAGGGACCAGACCUGGAUGUAGAGGACACCUGCCAGCUAGCAGCACACUUAGUUUGCUCAGGUCUUCAUAGAGAUAAACCCUCAUUAUUGGCACUGUGGAUGCUGUGGGCAGGUGUUCCUGAUGUUCCUCCCAGCUGCAGUAGAGCCCUCACCACAUCUUUAGCUCAGCUUCCUGCUCUGGUCAGUCAGGAUGUCCCUCAUCUGUUGAAGAAAAGUGGGCUUGUAACUGCAGCCUGUUUUUCAGACGCAGACCCGAGUGUUGGUUUGGAUUGUGUAGAUGAAGAAGGGACUGAUUUACAACAGGCUUUUGAAAAGGAGGCGUCUAUAAGGAAGCUGCUGGAGAGCGGGGUGUCUGUGAACCAGCUUAGUUCUACAGAUGGACAGACCUUGCUUGCUAGUGCGGCCUAUGAGGGUUCUGCAAAUGUAGCCAAACUCCUCCUGACACGUGGGUCUGAUCCAUUCAUUAGUGAUCAGCAGGGUCAGACACCGCUGACGUUAGCUUCCAGACAGGGUCAUGUCAAAGUGUUGUCUCUGCUGCUGGAAUGGGCCAAGAAUCAGGACCCUGAAACUGCAGUACGCAUGAUGGAGCAUGCCGACCACGAGGGCUGGACGGCACUCCGCUCUGCAGCUUGGGGAGGACACAGUGAGGCUGUCCGACUGCUGCUGGACGCUGGAGCAGAUGUCAACGGAUGCGACAGCGCAGGCCGGACAGCUCUCAGAGCGGCUGCAUGGGGAGGUCACGAGGAAAUCGUCCUCACUUUGCUGGACUACGGGGCGCAAGUGGACAAAGCUGAUAUCAACGGCCGCACCCCACUUAUUGCUGCCGCCUACAUGGGACAUCAUGAAACUGUGGAGAUACUGCUGGACCACAGUGCACAGGUUGACUUAUCUGAUGGAGAUGGACGCACUGCUCUGUCCGUCGCUGCCCUCUGCGUCUCUGUAGCAGCAGGAGUUAAAGGUUUUGGUGAGGUAGCGAGUCUGUUACUGGAGCGAGGAGCAGAUCCGGCCCACAGAGACGAUGAUGGAAUGACCCCACUCCUUCUAGCAGCCUAUGAGGGCCACGACGACGUAGUUGAGCUUUUGCUAGAAGCUGGAGCUGAUGUUGAUGAAACAGCUGGACCUGAUGGAAACGUCCCUGCUGCAGCUGCCGUUACUCCCUUGCUGGCUGCGGCAGCUAUGGGCCACAUGAGGACAGUUUCACGGCUGCUGUUCUGGGGAGCAGCUGUGGACGCCAUUGAUUGUGAAGGCCGGACGGCGCUGUGCCUGGCAGCAGCGAGAGGCAGCACAGAGGUUGUCCGAGCCUUGCUGGACCGAGGCCUGGACGAGAACCAUAAGGACGACCUGGGCUGGACUCCGCUGCACGCCGCCGCCUGUGAAGGCCAUCGGACUGUUUGUGCUGCUUUGACAGAACGAGGCAGCAUGGCUCGUGUUGGGGAGAUGGACAUUGAAGGACGGACGCCUCUCAUACUGGCUGCCCAAGAGGGUCAUUGGAGCACUGUGAGGCUGUUGUUGGACAGACGUUCUCCCAUCGAUCACAGGGCGUACGAUGGCCAUUCUGCAUUGAGCGCCGCCCUCCUGGAGGGUCAUGCUGACGUUGCAGAGCUGCUGAUGAAGCGUGGAGCUGACACCGAUGUCCGGGACGCAGAGGGACGUCCUCUGCUGUAUCUCCUGGUGUUGGAGGGUCGCCUGGAUAUGGCUACUCUGCUCAUUGAAAAAGGAGGUGUGCCCCUGGAGUCCCGAGACUCUGAGGGCCGUACAGCACUUCAUGUGGCUUCUUGGCAGGGAUGUGUGGAGAUUGUAGACCUACUUUUAAACCAUGGGGCAAACCCAAACGCACAAGAUGCAGAGGGGAGACCUCCAAUGCACUCAGUAGCUUGGACAGGGAGUGCUAAAGUAGGACGCCGUCUCCUAGAAGCCAAUGGUGUCAAUAUACAUCUUGCAUGCCACCAGGGGGCGACUGCCCUGAGCAUUGCUGCUCAAGUUGGACAUGUUAACAUUGUCGGGAUGCUUCUGGAAAGAGGGGCAAAUCCUGAUCACAUUGAUAAAUAUGGCCGUAGUCCAGUCAAAGUGGCUGGGAAACAUGGACACUUUACCAUCGUCCGGCUCUUGGAGAGCUACGGAGCCAAGCCAUACCUGGGUCUGCUGCCUAACUCUAGUACUGUAUCUCCUUCAAGACCCAACAAGAGCCUCUCAUCAGGCAUCUCAGAGGGUAAUGGAGGUGAAGUAAUAGCUGCUACAUCGUCCUCUUCAGUAUCUUCUCCUGGUUCCACAGCAGAACGAUUCCAUUCCAUGCAGAGCUCCCAAACUUCCUCCACCUGCCACUCACUGGCCACAGUGCAGACGGUUCCUGCUGACAGCCUCAGCUUCAUCCAGCAGAUCCAGCAGCACUCACUGCCUCGCAGUCGUAGCCGUCCCUCCACCCUCCCUCCACCGGGGAGCCUCCAUGGAAGCAGCCAGAGGCAUCCCAAGGGCAGCCCUCCUCCUACUGUCUGCACAGUCACUGCCAUGGUGCACAACUGCGAACUGCCCCAGAAAGGCUUGUCUGGACUGGAAUAUCAUGACAAAACGAACAAGCAAAGCCUAAUAAAAGCAGACAGGACUACUUACACUGGUGGUAAAUGGCACUCAGUGAUGGCUUCUCUGGGGAUAAUGCCAGGGCAGGACAGCCCUCUAGGUGCUAAAAACAGAGAGAGCCCUCCUCUGGGUUACCCAUACCGCCUACAGACCCCACUUCAGCAGGAGGUUUGGGAUUCUGUACCUCAGAAGAACAUUUUGUCCCCCGUUUGCUACAGCUUCUCCCCCGCCCCACCUUGUAGUGCCUUGCCAGAGGAUGUUAUGGUCGCUAUGACAACCACAGACCCGCAGCUUAAUCUCAAACAGGCCAUCAAACUGCAGUUUGAGGGUCCCACCAGUGCAGCCUUAUACAAGAGAGAGACGCCCCUAUGACCAGGAUGCAAGUGGAGCUAGACUUUCUUGCGGCUCGAGGAAAAGGCAGUUUCCAGCGUGAGUUACUGGGUUCAGACCAGAGAGGAAGAGAUCUCUUUCUUUAGCGCCUUCAGACAAGCAGAGGAAGAACAAACCGAAUGACAUUAAAGCUUACAUUCCUGCCUUUCCGCUGUGUGUGCUCUCACAGACGAGUUCAUGUCGAUGCGUUCAGAGUUCAGAGCAGCGUUACUGUGUUCAUUUCCAGCUCGGACCUUCUUUUCCAGAUUGUACUCUUAGUUCUGAUCAGCACCAGUUACACGAAUAAAGGUAUUUUGUUCAGUUUUUUUUUUAUUUAUUUGAACCUAUAGGACUAAGUUUAGAAGCACACAAGGCUGUGUUUGAUUUGAAAGUCUUAUUUUUCUGAUAGUAAAGGAGUGAACAAUCAUGUUUAAGCAGCUCAUGGCCUUGAUCUUUAUGGAAGACUUUGACAUUUGCUAUAAACUGGCCCCCAUAGCCGGUCCUCUGCUGACAACCAAAACAGCCUGCAGGAAAGCAAACCUACCAAAGCCUGACCCUGUGCAGGUUUACGAUACAGUACAAACUAUAAAAGACGGCCAAGUUUACUGAACAAACUUGGCUCCCUGGCAGUGUGUCUGAGCAGGCAGGAAGGAAGAAUGGGAAUAAGGCCAUUAGAACCGAGGGUGGAUGUGGGAGGGCUGUUAAUUCCGUACUCGUAUGUGGCCUGAAGAGAUUUCUUUAUCAUUUUUCAUUGGAUUAGUAUUUAAUGACAUUCAUUAAUUAAAUAUAAAGUGGUGCUAUAACAUCCUCUA